UCUGCUGCCUUAGGUGCCCUAUCAAGGUCCUGAGUCCGUUAUACCCAGUGUUAGUGGUGACUUCGGGUCCUUCGCUGAUUGAACCAGAAAAAACUGAGCUGCAGGAAGGGAAGCGAAGAUUGCCUCUGAUGAGGAGUUAGAAGGAAUUGGCACAGUGACAACCGGUGUGUUUCCAGUUUGUCACCAAAGAGCCACCGCCGGGAGCUUGCUCAGUCCGUGGGGGCAAACCCCCAAGUGCGGGCUAGAAGUCGCUGUGCGACGUUCGGACUGACAAUACACCUAAAAUGUAAGCGCGCCUGAAAUUGUGCAGUUUGUUUUUAAUUAACUUACUGUGACCAAGAAAUGUUCAUGGAGGUAGGAAGCUGAUAAAAAAGGACAGCCAAACCUCUAAAGGCACUUAGAGCCUCAGACCCGGUGCCUAACUAACGUGUUGCCUCUCCAACAAAACGAAUGCCCAGGGAACGGAUGUUGCCCAUCUGGCGAUGAAGGUUCUAGAUCUUGUUUGUACAGACCUAACAAGAAUGGCACAAAGGCCAUGGCCAAAGGAAAUGGACAUCCCCUCUCCACCUGUAACACCGCCCUCUUCAUAACUCACGCGUCACUGGGCAUCUGGAAAAGGCUAGCCUCUCAUUAGAAGCCAUGAGGCGAGGAAACACCCAGGGGGAGCACGUAGUAGAAUGCCUCGACUUUGUUUCCCCUAGUAUGGGUAGGCAUUGCAAUGGCGGUGCCUUGUGGAUGUGCUGAGCAGACUGAUGUGGAUAAUUCCCUAGUAGUGUGCUGCCCCCUGCCCUAUCAGGGGCCAAAGACUGGCAUCAUCCAAAUAAGCAGUUCCUCCCUAAGGCUUCGAAGGGAAGCCCCGCCUCUGUUUGCACCCCAGAACAAUGCAACGUGAAGACUGGAUCAUUAACUCUUGCCUAAAUUUCAAGCUUAUUUGACUGUCUUGUGGAUUUUACACUUGCCAGUCCCCACAACUGAAUGAAAAAAAAAAAUGAAGACAUGACGGCUCCCAGCUGAGGUUGAGGAUAAGGUUUAUUUUAGAUGUGAGAGGAAAGAAGAGCCAGAGGUGUCUGGAAGUGUCCAGACUGAACCAGGCCGGUUGGGAGCUGUGAACCCCCAGGUUCUGAAUUUCUGGUGUGCCUAUGUGUCUGUGUGGAUAUGUGCUUACGAAUGUUGCUGCAUGUGGAGACCAGAAGAGGGCACUGGAUUGCCCCAGAGCUGUAGGUAUAGAGAGUUGUGAAGUGGUCCACAGGCAAACUGGAUGUUCUUCUGCAAGAACAAUUCAUCUUGCAAUAAAAACAGUACCAGGUGCCUCUCGAAUUCUUGCCCAAACAAUUCUACAUGCAAGGGUUUUCCACAAGACAAUUGUUGUUCAGACAUAGACAACGAUUUGGACAAAGACUGUGAAGAUGUGAAGGACCCUUGUUUCUCCAGUCCCUGCCAAGGAAAUGCCACUUGUGUGAACACUGCAGGAGAAAGGAACUUUCUGUGUCAAUGUCCUCCUGGGUACAGCGGGCUGACCUGUGACACUGCCACUGAUUCCUGUGGGGGAAACUCCUGCCAACAUGGAGGCACUUGCCAUAAAGACCCCGAGAACCCUGUCUGUAUCUGCCCUGCUGGAUAUGCUGGAAAGUUCUGUGAGACAGACCACAAUGAGUGUGCUUCUAGCCCUUGCCACAAUGGGGCUGUGUGCCAGGAUGGGAUCAAUGGCUACUCCUGCUUCUGUGUGCCUGGGUACCAAGGCAGGCACUGUGACUUGGAAGUAGAUGAAUGUGUUUCUGACCCCUGCAUGAAUGAGGCUGUGUGUCUCAAUGAGAUAGGGAGAUACACUUGUGUCUGCCCUCAAGCGUAUUCUGGUGUGAACUGUGAGUUGGAAAUUGAUGAGUGUGGAUCCCAGCCCUGUCUGCAUGGCGCCACAUGUCAGGAUGCUCUCGGGGCUUACUUCUGUCACUGUGCACCUGGAUUCCUUGGAGACCACUGUGAGUUCAACUUUGAUGAAUGUGCCAGUCAUCCGUGUCUCCAUGGAGGUCUAUGCGUGGAUGGAGGAAACGGCUACCACUGCGACUGCACAGGCAGUGGAUUCGCGGGGAUGCAUUGUGAGACCUUGAUGCCUCUUUGUUGGUCAAAGCCUUGUCAUAAUAAUGCUACCUGUGAAGACACUGUUAACAGCUAUGUUUGUCACUGCUGGCCUGGCUACACAGGUGCCCUGUGUGAGACGGACAUAAAUGAAUGCAGCAGCAACCCCUGCCAGUUCGGGGGUGAGUGUGCCGAACUGUCCUCAGAGGCGGUGUAUGGACACAUUGCUGGCCUGCCUUCCUCCUUCAGCUACCUUGGAGCCUCGGGCUAUGUUUGUAUCUGUCAGCCUGGAUUCACAGGAAUCCACUGUGAAGAAGACAUGGAUGAAUGUCUGCCAAACCCUUGCCAAAACGGUGGUACUUGUGAGAAUCUGCCUGGGAAUUACACCUGCCAUUGCCCCUUUGAUGACCUUUCUAGGACAUUUUAUGGAGGAGAAGACUGUUCGGAAGUUCUCCUAGGCUGCCAUCAUCACCAGUGUCUCAACAACGGAAAAUGCAUCCCUCACUUUGAAAAUGACCAGCAUGGAUUCACCUGCCAGUGUCCUCCUGGCUAUGCGGGGCCCCUGUGUGAAGCUGACACCACACUUUCUUUUGAGAGCAACAGUUUCCUGUGGCUCACAAGUGGCCCACAUCCAACCACACAGCCAGAAUGUAACAUAUCCUUGCGGUUUCAGACUGUUCAACCAAACUCACUUCUUCUUUACCGAGGCAACACAGAUAUGUCUAUGAAGCUGGAGUUGCUAAGUGGCUGUGUUCACUUAUCAAUCCAAGUCCAGAACCAGACAACGGUGAUUCUAUAUAUUCCCCACAACACUAGUGAUGGAGAAUGGCAUUUGGUAGAAGUAACAUUUGCAGAAACUAUAACCCUAGCCCUGAUUGGCAGCUCCUGCAUGGGGCAGUGCACCAGUGAGACUUCUUUCCCAGUAGAGAAUCAUCAAUUGCUAUGCGCUUUUCAGAAUGCUUUUUUGGGGGGCUUACCAGUGGGAGCAGCCAGCAACAGUGUGUCUGUGCUUAACAUCUAUAAUGCGCCCUCCACACCUCCCUUUGUAGGCUGUCUCCAAGAUAUUAAAUUUGAUUUGAAUCACAUUACUCUGGAGAACAUUUCGUCUAGCUUGUCACUGAACGUCAAAGCAGGCUGCAUGAGGAAGGACUGGUGUGAAAGUCAACCUUGUCAAAACAGAGGACGCUGCAUCAACUUGUGGCAGGGUUAUCAGUGUGAAUGUGACAGGCCCUAUGCAGGCUCCAACUGCCUGAGAGAGUAUGUAGCAGGCAGAUUUGGCCAGGAUGACUUCCCGGGAUAUGCCAUCUUCAAUCUUGAUGAUAAUUAUGGACAGAACUUCAGCCUCUCCAUGUUUGUGAGAACACGUCAACCAUCAGGCUUCCUUCUAGCUUUGGGGAACAAUUCUUACCAGUAUGCGAGUGUCUGGCUAGAACAUGGCAGCCUAGUACUGCAGACUCCAGGCCUUCCCAAGUUAGUACUGACAUUUUUUCUUAGUGACGGAAAUGCCCACUUAAUAUCCUUGAAAAUCAAACCAAAUGAAGUUGAACUGUAUCAGUCUUCACAAAACGUAGGAUUCAUUUCGGUUCCUGCAUGGACAAUUCAAAAAGGAGACGCCAUCUUCAUUGGUGGCCUACCUGACAGGCAAGAGACUGAAGUGUAUGGUGGCUUCUUCAAGGGCUGCAUUCAAGAUAUAAGAUUAAACAACCAAAACCUGGAAUUCUUCCCCAACUCAACAAACAACAGAUACCGUGAUCCAGUUCUUGUCAAUGUGACUCAAGGCUGUCCUGGAGACAAUAACUGUAAGUCCAACCCCUGUCAUAAUGGAGGUGUCUGCUAUUCCCUGUGGGAUGACUUCUCCUGUUCCUGCCCUACACACACGGCGGGGAAAGCCUGCGAGGAAGUUCAGUGGUGUCAACUCAGCCCAUGUCCCCCCGGUGCACAGUGCCAGCUGGUUCCUCAAGGGUUUGAAUGUAUUGCAAAUGCUGUUUUCGGUGGCUUGAGACAAGAAAUACUGUUCCGAAGCAACGGGAACAUUUCCAGAGAACUCACCAACAUCACAUUUGGCUUCAGAACACGUGACGCAAAUGCAAUGAUACUGCAUGCGGGAAAAGAGCCCGAGCUUCUCAAUAUUAGCAUUCGAGACUCCAGAUUAUUAUUUCAAUUGCAGAGUGGCAACAGUUUUCAUCUGCUACGUCUGAUGAGUGUGCAGGUGGUGAAUGAUGGCACCUGGCACCAAGUGAAGUUUUCCAUGAUCGACCCCCUGGCCCAGACCUCCCGAUGGCAACUGGAGGUGGACAACCAAACACCUCCUGUGACCAGCGCAAUUGCUACCGGAAGCCUGAACUUUUUGAAGGACAGUACAGACAUCUAUGUGGGUGACCAAGCUAUUAACAAUACGGAAGGCCUGCAGGGCUGUCUGAGCACAAUAGACAUUGGAGGCAUAUAUCUCUCUUACUUUGAAAAUCUUCACAGUUUCACUAAAAAGCCUCAGGAAGAGCAGUUUCUCAAAGUCUCUACAAAUGUGGUCCUUACCGGCUGCUUGCCAUUAAAUGCCUGCCACUCCAGCCCCUGUUUGCAUGGAGGGAACUGUGAAGACCGCUACAGUUCCUAUCGGUGCUCCUGUCUCUUGGGAUGGUCAGGGACACGCUGUGAAAUCAACAUCGAUGAAUGCUUUUCUAAUCCCUGUAUCCAUGGCAACUGCUCUGACGGAGUCGCAGCCUACCACUGUAGGUGUGAGCCUGGCUACACUGGUGUGAACUGUGAGGUGGACAUGGACAAUUGUGAGAGUCAUCAGUGUGCAAACGGGGCCACGUGUGUCAGCGGAACUCAUGGCUAUUCUUGUCUCUGUCUUGGAAAUUUUACGGGCAGAUUUUGCAGACAGAGCCGAUUACCCUCAGCAGUCUGUGGGAACGAGGAGACAAAUCUCACUUGCUACAACGGAGGCAACUGCACUCAGGUCCAGGAGGACUGGAAAUGUGUGUGCCGGCCAGGUUUCACUGGAGAGGGGUGUGAAGAGGACAUUGAUGAGUGUGCUUCUGCUCCCUGCCUCCACGGAGGCCUGUGCAGGGACUUGCUCAACAGAUUCCAGUGCAUCUGUGACGUGGCCUUCGCCGGUGAGCGCUGCGAACUGGAUCUGGCUGACGACUGGCUCGCGGGCAUUUUCACUGCUGUCGGCUCAGGGACCUUGGCCCUGUUCUUCAUCCUCUUUCUCGCAGUCGUUGCUUCUCUGGUGGCCUCCAAUAAAAGGGCAACUCAAGGAACCUACAGCCCCAGCCGACAUGAGAAGGCUGGCCCUCGAGUGGAAAUGUGGAGCCGGAUGCCGCCCCCAGCCCUGGAAAGACUCAUCUAAGGGCCUGCAGCUCCUCUGAGAAAGGAGCGGAACAAGAUGAGCGAGCACCUGGCCCUGUGUGGGUGAUAGUUUUACAUUGCCAGAGUUACUAACUUACAGCUCGGAUCCCACUGGGACCGGGGAAAGGAUUUCCCUCAUCGCCUUAUAGACCUUCACAGGGGUUUGCCCUGCAUCACUGUUUGCUACUGUGAGCCAUUCACAGAAAUGUAUCUGUGUCACAGAUGACAGCCUCCGAAUUAUCAAAACAUCCUCCAGACAGAGAACACUGUGUUAUAGAAAAACUCCCGAAGCUACCUUGGCCUUAAACUCUUUUCUGGGCAAUGCAGAGAAAAUACUUAGUAGCCAAUACAAUUUUCACUUUCUUCUUUUUAUUUCGUAGAAAAGGUGGGUUUUUUUGUUUUGUUUUGUUUUUAGACAGUGUUUCAGAAGACCAAGCUGGCCUCGAAAUCACAUGGACUUCCUCCCUCAGCCUCCUGAACUCUGGGAUUCCAUGUGUCUGAUCAUGUUCAGCUCAGUUUUGAAUUUUUUAUCAUAUGGUAAAAGAUUCUAAUGGGGCCUUGAGAGACAGACAGCUCCCUGGAUAAGCAUUUGUUAAAUGAGUGUGAGAAAUGGAGUUUGGGCACCCAUUAUCCACAUAAGUGCCAGGGAAGUGUAGCCCUUGCCUGCAAUCCUAGACCGCAGAAGGUAGACGUAGCAUUGGUCACGGAGACAGCUGACUAAACUGCUAGGGUCAGUGAGUUCUGGCGUCAGGUGAAAGACCUUGACUCAUUAUAAAAAGUAAAUAGUGAAGAAGACACUGUAUGCCAAUCUCUUGCUUAUACAUGUAUGUGCACCCAUUUAUAUGUGCACCCAAACAUAGGAAUAUACGUAAAUACACACCAUACACUGAAGCACCCCAUGCACAUGCAACACACCCACAUACCACACACACACACAUACACCCAACCCCUAAACCCCACGCACGCCCCACACCCAUGCACCCCCUGGCACCCCCCCACAUGCACCCUGUUCUCACACACACACACACACACACACACACACAACACAACACACACACACAGAUCUAAUGGUUUGCCACAAUGAGAAGUAAACUUUGAUCCUUCAGUUAAUGGAUUUAGAGGCAGUCACGUGAUGAACUUAUUUAAAACAUGACCCAACCAUAACAAAUAAA